AUGGAUUUGGAACAGAAAACUUAUGACAUUCAACCUGCUUUCACAGGAGAAUCGAUGACCAUUGACAAGCACGACAGAAAGGAUUUGAAUCGGAAUAAACAUCACAAAGACCACAAGAAAAAGUCUCAUAAAAAGAAACAUUCAAAAAAGAAGUCUAGGAACAGCAGUGGUGAAUUGGAGCAAUCUCACUCUUCAGGAUCUGAACAUGAUGUCGAUUUGUGGGUAGAAAAACCUACUGCUAUAGCUGCUACAGAACAGGAAACUGUAGAAAGUUUGACCAACGUAUCAUCCAUUCAUGAAAGUGAAUCUUUGCCAGUUGCUAGAGCAGAUUGGAUGACACUGGAUGACUCGAUGGAUAUCUUUGGACUUGCCAAAGCUGCGCCAGAUCGCAAGUCACUUAAACAUCUUGAGCGUGAGGCUGAAGAAGCUCGAAGAUUGGCAAUUCGCAAAGAGCGAGAACUAAAUCCAACUUAUUUUGAUGAUCCAGCUAACCCCGAUACUAAUAUAGUCAAAUCGAUAGAAAUUAAAGAAAACAAGUUGGGAUACACUUUUGGUGAUCGAGGUGCCAACUGGAGAAUGGCAAAGCUUAAACGUAUUUUUGAUAAUUCAAAAGAAGGCCAGAGCGUAGAUAGUAUGGCUUUGGAAAGAUACGGUACAAUGGAGGCGUUUCAAAUGGCAUUGGAUGAACGAGCGUUUUUAGACAAGGCAAAAGGAGUAAAAUCAAAGGAUAGUUUGGGGUCAUAUCGACCAUCUAUUGGGUCAACUGCUAAAUUUCAGCGUCCAGGUGAAUCAAACUCCAGCUUUACUAUACAUCAAGAACAAACAAAAGUAACGGCAAAUGCAGAUAAGAAAUCUGUGGAUCAAACUCGAAAAUCUGUCAUUCCUUCUGCAUUUGUUCCUGUAGCACAACAGUCGGGAUCUGAAUCUGCCUAUGCUGGCGAGGUUUUAUCACACACUCAGUUGAAUAGGCUCAAUGCACAAGUGAUUAAAGCAAGGCUGAUGCGCUCGCCAAAUCUUAAAGCACUGGAAGAAGAAUAUAAGCGCUCUAAAGCUCAAUCAGACAAUGCUGCACAAAGGGAAAAAGUUGAAAUUGUGCCAAAUAUCGAUAGUAGAGGUCGAUUAUAUGACCUGAAUGCAGAUCCAUCACAGUCCAAACAUUCUUUAAAGCGGCACAAGUCUGAGCGCGAUACUCAUGACACAAGCAGUAAUCGUAUUCAAUCUUCGCAUUUAGAAGAACAGACUCUUGAAGAUCUGGUUCUUCAAGAAAAGAUGGGUUCAGGAACUACGUUUGAUCAAGAUAUGGCUGAUCGUAUUUCUCGUGAUACUACGUUUAAAGAUAGUUUGGAUUACAUGGACGAAAGUGUCGACAAACUGGCACAGAAAAAAGUUGUCAGUAGUAAUUCGAAGCGACAGUUUGCAAUUGAUAAUUAUAAAAAGACUCAAAGUACAAUUGCAAAGUGCAACUUUUGUUUUCAUGAGGGCGAGGCUCCGCGUAUACCUAUUGUAUCUUUGGGCACCGAGGUGUACCUUUCGCUUCCAGAGACAAUCGACAUGGUUCCUGGCCAUUGUCUCAUUGUUCCAGUUCAACAUUCACUCACAACUCUCGAGCUUGAAGAUAAUGCAUGGAAUGAAAUCAGGAAUUUUCAAAAAUCGCUACUUCGAAUGGCAUCUGCGAACAAUCAAGGAGUGAUUUUUAUGGAGCAGGUUAUUAAUUUCAAAUCACAUAAACACACAGUCAUAGAAUGUAUUCCAGUUCCAAUGAAUCUGUUUGAAGAUGCACCUGCAUACUACAAAGAAGCCAUAAAUAACGUCGAGGAAGAAUGGUCGCAACAUAAAAAGCUGAUUGUAACAGAUCGUGGAUUUCGUCGAUCUAUGGUGCCUAAUCUUCCUUAUUUUCAUGUUUGGUUUGAUCCAAAUCGUGGGUUUGGGCAUGUAAUUGAAAACUCGGAAGAAUGGUUGCCUUGGUUUGGCCGGGAGGUAAUUGCAAGCGUGUUGGAUCUACCGACAUACACAUGGCGAAAACCUAAGCGUGCCAACGAAAGGGAUAAUGCUCAGAGACUUGAUCAAUUUCGAACACAGUGGAAAGAGUAUGACUGGACCAAGUUGCUAGAUUAACUGUUUGGUACAACACAGUGGUUUGAGGCCCACUUGCUGCUGAUCAAUCAAAUCAAACCCACUACAUUUUACCAAAUAACAAAACUUUAUUCUUUGCGGUUUC